UUAUAUAUAUAGUUACGAUUUUAAUAAUGAAAUAAUAAUCCGAAAAUAUAUAUAUAGAAAAAAUACAAAUACAUGUGAAUGUUUGAAAUAAUCUAUUCAAUGAAAAAAAAUAUACAGUAAACUUAUUAUGUUUUAAAAAUUGAUAGACACAUAUAUAUUAUAAUAUAUACCAAUUUAAAAUUAAAAAUAAAAUAUUUAUAUAAAAAUAAAUGAAAAUAAAAAUCCGCACGGUUGCGCGGAUCAACAUCUAGUAAUUUGUUAAAUCCUAAGCCCCAAUACCUCUAGUAGUUUAGUUACUGCCUAGCAAUUUCUUGAACAUUUUUACGAUGAAAUAUGUACUUUAAGAAGAAUUUGUUUUUCACGUAAUCUACUCGUUACCUUGUAAAUUUACGACAACCAAUAUUUGUCAUAAAUGUUAUUCGUUAUGUGCAUGUUUUUUUGUAGUGUAUGUACAAUAUAAUUCAAUAUUUCAUGUUCCAAGUUCAGAUCACAUAUCAGACCGACAUUGACUAUCCAUGAACCAAACACCAUUGAAUUUGUUCUAAACAGAAAACAGAAAUGGUAUAUAAAAGAUGUAUCAUAAUAACUCUUUCUCUCUCAAAAAGCUUACUUUUGAACGAAGCAAUCACGAGAAACCUUUGACAAUCUCUUACUUUGGAUCUGUUUCCUUAUUCACUUGGUUUCUUCUGUAACCUGUAUCCAAAACUUUCUGGUGCUUUUCCCUCUUCUCGUGUCCGAUCCUCAUCUUUUUUCCCUAAAAAUUUCAUUGUUCUACUAAGAAAAAGACAAUGAUGAAACCCAUUUGUUUCCUUCCUGUAAAAUUAUCUUCCUUUUGACAUAAUCUUUCUUAGUUUUAUUUAACAUAUUUAAAAGCCUCCGUUUGAAAAUUUCUUUUCCCCUUUUCAAAAAUAAAAUCUUUUACUGAUUCUGUUUUGUUUUCCCGAGAAAAUUAAUGAAACCGCGGCUAUAUUCUCGGGAGAUCCUAUCGAACCCAUGUUUCUGAAUCAGUUCAUGCACUUCUUGAAAUCUAUUCACACUUUCAGAAGGAAAACCCUAGCUCAAUAAACCCUAGAUCCUCUGCUUUCACACCCUACCUUGUGAUCCAAGCUAUGUCUGGUUCAUGUUUCAACCCGUUUCGUCUCAGGCGGUCUCUGAGACCCCAGUUUCCUCCAGAUCCUUCCUUCCCCGCCUUAUCCGCUAACCCUUCUUCCUCCAAAACCAACCGGUAUGCAGAAAGUGAGACGAUGGAGAAGAAGAGAUUCGAUAGUAUGGAGUCUUGGUCUAUGAUCCUAGAGUCCGAGAACGUGGAGACAUGGGAGGCGUCUAAAGGGGAAAGAGAAGAAUGGACUGCAGAUCUCUCGCAGCUAUUUAUAGGAAACAAAUUUGCUUCCGGAGCACACAGCCGGAUUUACAGAGGGAUCUACAAGCAGAGAGCCGUCGCUGUGAAGAUGGUUAGGAUCCCUACACACAAGGAAGAGACAAGGGCUAAACUCGAACAACAGUUUAAGUCCGAGGUUGCUCUGCUUUCUCGUCUCUUUCACCCUAACAUCGUCCAGUUUAUUGCGGCGUGCAAGAAACCGCCGGUAUACUGCAUAAUAACAGAGUACAUGUCGCAAGGUAAUCUCCGAAUGUACCUCAACAAGAAGGAACCUUACUCGCUCUCGAUUGAGACCGUACUAAGGCUAGCUCUAGACAUCUCGAGAGGAAUGGAGUAUCUUCACUCGCAGGGUGUUAUCCAUAGAGACCUUAAGUCCAACAAUUUACUUUUGAAUGAUGAAAUGAGAGUUAAAGUUGCAGAUUUUGGGACUUCUUGUCUUGAGACACAAUGCAGAGAGGCCAAGGGUAAUAUGGGAACUUAUCGUUGGAUGGCUCCAGAGAUGAUCAAGGAGAAACCAUACACUAGAAAAGUCGAUGUUUAUAGCUUCGGCAUCGUUCUAUGGGAACUCACCACUGCCUUGCUUCCAUUCCAAGGCAUGACUCCCGUGCAAGCCGCGUUUGCAGUCGCUGAAAAGAACGAGAGACCGCCAUUACCGGCUAGCUGUCAGCCAGCGCUAGCUCACCUGAUCAAGAGGUGCUGGUCGGAGAACCCUUCCAAGCGACCGGACUUCUCAAACAUUGUGGCGGUGCUAGAGAAGUACGACGAGUGUGUCAAAGAAGGACUGCCUUUGACGUCACAUGCAAGCCUGACGAAGACCAAAAACGCGAUUCUUGAUCGACUUAAAGGCUGCGUCUCAGCCAUCAGCUCACCAUCUUCGUCCUCCUCUCUUCCUGUAAAUGCCUAGUAAUUCAAAGUUGUUUAAUUACCAUAACACUCUCUCUCAUUGUAAAGAUUAGUAUUCUACUUCUUUUUCUUUCACUAGGUAUUUGAUUGUAUUUCGCAUCUACACGAUGUUAUAUGGUUUACACGUAAUUAAUUAGGCUGAUUCAUUUGUAUAAUGCAUAAUCUAAUGAAACGUAUUGAUCACUGGUCUCUCUCAUUUUGAAAGGAAGUGAGCUGAAAAUAAGGAUUGCG